UAUAUAUAAUAGCAGGUCCUCUCUCACCUUUUUUCUCUUCUUUUCUUCACACACAAUACAACACUCCAAACAAAAACAGCUCACCAGAUCUCUACUACCUAUCCAACAUCAUGAAGUUCUCCACCACUGCUGUCCUUUCCAUGGCUGUUGCCGCCUUGGUUAUGUUCGCUCCCAACUCAGUUGCUUCGACGGAGGACUCAAUGCUGGAUCCAAAUGUCAUUAAUAUCAAUGACAGCAGGUCAAACAUUAAGCGCAUUGGAUUAGGGCAAUUGUACACCAACAAUGCAUUCCUCGAAGAGUCAUAA